AAGCUUAUCUGUGACGCUAAUUUUGCUUUUAAAUCCGAGGAAAUUUACUUGCAUGACGAUGCUGUAAAUCAAAUUCCAGACAAUUGAAGAUAAUGUCGAGACUUACUGGUUAUCUUGUAUGCUAUGUAAUAUCAUCAGAUUAUUCUGAUAUAAUACGGAUUUUAGUCUGUUACGCUGUUACGCAUCGGCCACAUAUAGCUACCACCAGAUGUAAAUAGUCUGAAUUUAAUCCAGAAGCGUCUGACAAGCCAAACGAACGCUAAAAUUCGAGAGAUGGCUGAAAAACUGACAGUUGAAGAAGGGAAAAAACCCCAACCGCAACCAUUAUCUGGACAAAUAAAGAUUUUAACCACCUCAGCAAUCCUACUCGGCAAUUUAACUUUCGGAUGCAGUUUAAAUUCGUUCUCACCAGCCUUGGACAAUAUGAGAUCAAAAUAUGAAACGACAAUUGAAGACAUUUCAGUGAUCUUCACUGUUACCACAAUUAUGUAUUGCUGCGGAGCGACUAUAUGUGGCUUUAUUUCACACUACAUGAAUCGCCAACUGAUCGUGAUUAUUGCUUUAAGCGCAAUGACCAUGUCAAUGUACAUGACGCCUUACUGUCCCGACAAGUCAAUGUUUUUCGUUAGUGGUGGCAUAUUGGGUUUUUCAACCGGAUUUUAUGACUCUGCACAAAUGGUUUGGAUGAUCGAAAUAUGGCAAAAUAAAGCCGGGCCAUUUAUUCAAGCACAGAGUCUGUUUUAUGGUAUCGGUUCAAUCAUUCCCAGUGUACUCAUAGCGCCAUUCCUACAAAAAUAUGACCAUUUUAAUGUUGGACUGAACAGAACUGAUUCAUCGCCCGUCGAGACAUCAACACUACACAUCCCAUUUUUAAUGAUCGGAGCUUUAGAUUCUUUAGCUUUAGCUUUCCAAUUGUUCCUCUUUACGUUCUAUAGAUAUCAUACGCCACCCAUGUAUGCUAACGAAAAUUUCGAAAUGAUUGACGACGCUAAGAAUGUUCCGUCCCAGAUCGAACCAGAGUUAAAAGAUAAAAAUGCGUCGAUAAAUCAACAAGAGAAUGUUGCUGCUAUGGGAGUUAGCAGCAGAAAAAUCAAAUUGGUUGCAGUAACGGUACUGUUCCUUGGCGUUUAUCAAGCGAUGGAAGUCUCUACAAUGCAAUUUUUACCAACUUUUGGACAAUACAGCGACCUUAAAAUGACUGAAUCAGCUUCUUCGUACGUGCUAACAGGAUUAAUUGGAAUGUCUUGCAUAGGAAGGCUAAUCGGAGCAAUAAUCAUUAUCAAGGUACGACCGGAGCUGAUAAUUUUCAUCAACUUCAUUUUUGUCAUAACAGGCAACUCGAUUCUCUUGAUCUGGGCGAACGAUAAUUUGCCUAUGUUCUGGUUGGGAAGCAUGAUUCUCGGAAUGGGCUUCUCGACAAUUUUUCCUGGCUUUUGUGCUUUCAUGGAAAAAUAUUUGGUCUUGACGACCUCGAUUGCAUCGUCUGUUCUUGUAUUUGGCUCGCUCGUGUCAUCGAUAUAUCCUUUUAUUAUUGGCAAGUUCAUUGAACGUCAUGCUGUUGUCUUAACCUACACGAAUUUAUUCAGUACAUCCGCUGGUAUCGUUGUUAUGAUUUGGGGAUAUAAAUCAACGCGGAACAUUGUCAGUCGUGUGCGAUAAAUUUGUAACUUUUAGAGAAGUUGUAAUUUCAGGAACAUUCAAUAAACUGGAAACC